AUGGCUCCUCCACAGAGCCCGUCUUCGAGACGUAGCAACCCCUUCACUCGAGCUUCUCCGUCAGCUUCCCCACAACCCCAACCAGCUCCCGCAUCCGCCCCCAGACCCAAGUCUGUUGCAUUUACAACUCCCGUAGCCACACAGCCAUCGGGGCAUACCCGUAAUGCAUCCUUUUCUCCAACGAGCUCAGGAGGGUCUUUUCCCUCCCAUAAUAGACAUCACUCAAAUUCAAAGACCAAUCUACCCGUUUCAAAUACAUUUGCUCCUCAAUUCAUAAAAUCGGAAGAGCUACGGAGAGGUGCUGAUCAGAUCCGUGGCAUAGAGGGCGACAAUGACUUUUCAGGAAAGCGAUAUGUUUGGCUGAGGGACCCGGAGAAGGCAUUCAUCCGCGGAAUGGUACUGGAAGAGAUGCAGGAUGGCCGAUUAUUGGUCGAAUGCGACGAGGGAGGUCAACGGCAUGUCGAUUCUGAGAGCGUCGAUAAAGUUAAUCCAGCAAAGUUCGACAAAGCAGACGACAUGGCUGAGCUUACCCAUCUAAAUGAGGGCUCCGUCGUCCACAAUUUGCACACGAGGUAUAAAUCGGACUUGAUAUACACUUACUCUGGCCUUUUCUUGGUUACAAUCAAUCCUUACUGUCCAUUGCCUAUAUACACGAAUAAGUAUGUGAAGUUAUAUAAAGGACGAACACGUGAAGACACACGCCCGCAUAUUUUUGCAAUGGCAGACCAAGCAUUUCGCAACCUUGUCGAAGAGGGACAGAACCAGAGUAUCCUAGUGACCGGCGAGUCUGGAGCGGGUAAGACAGAGAACACGAAAAAGGUGAUCCAAUACCUUGCUGCUGUUGCGUCCUCAGAGAGCCCGCAAGGCCGCUCUACUAACAAGCAAUAUUCCAACCUUUCCCAACAAAUAUUAAGGGCGAAUCCAAUUCUCGAAGCAUUCGGCAAUGCACAAACCGUGCGGAACAACAACUCAUCGCGCUUUGGGAAGUUCAUUCGAAUUGAAUUUUCACGGGCAGGCCAGAUCUGUGGAGCUUUCAUCGACUGGUAUCUCCUAGAAAAGUCUCGUGUCGUGAAACUUAAUCCCCAAGAACGAAACUAUCAUAUAUUUUACCAGCUUUUGCGUGGUGCAGACAGCGAGUUGAGACGGCUUCUCUGGCUUUCUGACCUUGGUGUUGAAGAUUUUGGUUUUACGCGGGAGGGAAAUGACUCGAUUUCAGGCGUUUCGGACAUUGAUGAAUGGAAUUCUCUCAUCGAAGCUUUUGGUAUCAUGAAUUUUUCUGAUAACGACCAACUAUCAAUUUUGCGAACUGUGGCCGCGGUUAUGCAUCUGGGAAAUAUCAGCGUAGCCAAGGAAAGUCUUCGAGCGGACCAGGCGAUACUGACGCCUGAAGGAUAUCAAAGUGCUACAAUCGCUUGCCAGCUUUUAGGCAUUCCCGUGGAACCAUUUGUAAAAGGUUUACUUCACCCCAAGGUCAAGGCUGGGAGAGAAUGGGUAGAGAAGGUCCAGACCCCCGAACAAGUCCGCCUCGGUCUUGAGGCACUUGCAAAAGGUAUAUACGAACGCGGAUUUGGCGACCUCGUUACCCGAAUCAAUAACCAACUAGACUGUAGUGGUACGGCAGGCGAUGACAGCUAUUUUAUUGGGGUACUCGAUAUCGCAGGCUUCGAGAUUUUCGAGAACAACAGCUUUGAACAACUCUGUAUCAAUUAUACAAAUGAAAAGCUCCAGCAAUUUUUUAACCAUCACAUGUUUGUGCUGGAACAAGAAGAGUAUGCCAGGGAACAAAUCGAAUGGCAAUUUAUCGAUUUUGGGAAGGACCUUCAACCGACAAUCGAUCUCAUCGAGCUGCCUAAUCCAAUUGGUAUAUUCUCCUGCCUGGAUGAAGAUUGCGUGAUGCCUAAGGCUACUGAUAAGUCAUUUACCGAAAAACUUCAUUCGCUCUGGGAUCGCAAAUCCCCGAAAUACCGCUCUUCCCGAUUAAGCCAGGGAUUUACCCUUACCCACUACGCAGCUGAGGUUGAGUACUCCACUGAGGGUUGGCUGGAGAAGAACAAGGAUCCUAUGAACGACAACGUCACUCGACUCUUAUCCUUCUCAAACGAUAAACACAUCGCCAACCUCUUUGCCGACUGUGCCGAUUCUGACGAAGAAUACGGAUUAUCGAAGAGCCGUGUAAAGAAAGGGUUAUUCCGUACUGUGGCCCAGAGACAUAAGGAGCAACUUUCAAGCCUCAUGGCGCAACUGCACUCUACCCAUCCUCACUUCGUCCGUUGUAUCUUGCCUAAUCAUAAAAAGCGACCUAAGCUAUUCAACGGUCCUUUGGUACUAGAUCAACUCCGCUGCAAUGGUGUACUAGAAGGAAUUCGGAUUGCUCGUACUGGAUUCCCCAACCGCCUUCCGUUCGCGGAGUUCCGGCAGCGGUAUGAGGUCCUGUGCCCUACAAUGCCAAAAGGAUACCUCGACGGGCAGAAUGCAGCUAAAAUAAUGGUGGAAAACCUGGGAUUGGAUAAAUCUUUAUAUCGCGUUGGUUUAACGAAGAUAUUCUUUAGGGCCGGUGUGCUUGCUGAGCUCGAGGAGCAAAGAGAUACCCAUAUACGCGACAUCAUGACGAGAUUCCAGUCUGUUGCCAGGGGGUUUGUACAGAGGCACAUUGCGAACAAGCGACUUUACCGUACGGAAGCCACUCGCAUCAUCCAACGAAACUUCCACGUCUAUCUAAAUCUAAAAUCAUCGCCAUGGUGGACGUUGUUUGUACGGAUGAAGCCGCUCCUAGGAGCAACUCUAACUGCAGGGGAGGUGAAAAAGCGCGAUGAGCAAAUUCGAAAACUUGAGGAGAAAGCCAAAAAUGACAUUUUGGAACGUCAGAAAUUGGAAGAAGAGCGACGGAGGGCAGAAGCCGAGGUACACAGGAUUAGGAAGACGCUUGAGAGUGAGCGGACUUUGGCUCUGGAUAAAGAAGAAAUCUUCAAGCGACUCCAACUUCGUGAAAUCGAGCUCACUGAAAAGUUAUCUGGUGCGAUUGCGGAUCAGGAAAAUUUGGAAGACCAGCUAGAUGAGCUGAUUGCAUCCAAAAAGAAGAUAGAGGAGGAGUUGGAGCUUCGGCGUUCGCAACUCGAGCAAGCUGCCCAAAUAAUGAGCCGCCUUGAAUCAGAAAAAAAGGAACUCCAGAUUCAAAUAUCUGAACUCCAUGCUCAGUUAAAUGAUAUUGAGAAUAAUCAUCGAAAACGGGAUGACGAGGUUGAUGGUUUAUCCCAGGAAAUCAAGAUGCUCAAAAGUCACCUCAGCUUGAAGGAGCAGAAAUUACAAGAUCUUGAAGAUAAGCUGCUCAAAACUGACCAGGACCUCGGCAUCGAGCUCGCCAAUGCAGCUAAGGAGCUUCAGGUUUCCAAAAAGCAAGUCAAGGAUCUCAUCGAAGAAAACAGAUCGAUUCGUCAGCAGAUAUCCGACUUAUCAUCCACAUCCACUGGGUAUGAAGAAUUGGUCAGGCGAAAGGAGGGGGAAAUUACAAUCCUUCGUGGAGAUGUCAAGAAAUUGGAGUCGGAGAAGAAAUCCCUGGAAGCUGAAAAGACAUCUCUCGCAAGCCGGCACAAUGAUAUGCAGCAACGCCUCCGUGAUCUCCAGGCGCAAACAGAUGCUAUGAUGUCGGAGAAGAAGAACCUGGAACGUGAGGCUGCAGAUGUGAAGAAGCUACUAGAGGCGAAGAUGUCCGAAGACGCUGAGGCGGGACAGAGUCGAAAAAUGCUUGAUCAACAAGUCAAAGAUCUCAAGGCGCAACUCUACCAGGUUCAAGCUGAUCUUAGUCGCGAGAGACAAUCCAGAGACGACGUGCAAAUGCUCGGUGAACACAAAUAUGCUCAACUCAAACAUGAGUUUGACAAUCUCAAUGACUCAAAGAUCAUCAUCGAAAAAGAAAUGUACAUCCAACAGGACACCUUACGGCGAGCCAUGGAAGCCCGCACGGCAGCUGAGGAUUCUCGUAAAGAACUGCAAAGGGAGUUAAUAAGUUUGAGGGAGCGAUUCGCUAAGGUUGAAAGCGCUCGUUUGGAUGCCGAGGCUGCAAUUGAAAAGAAAAACGCCGCACAAGCUAGUGAACGACAAGCAAGUUUGCGGCGCGACCUUGAGGCUACAGUAGAAGAACUGAACAAAACCCAAAAAGAGCGGGCUCGCCUUGCCACACAAAUACAAGAAUUGACUCAAACAAUGGCAGAGUCUGAGGACUUCCGUAUCCGCCAUGAUCAACAUAAGGAGCGCAUGGAGCGGGAGCUCGUGACUAUCAAGGGACGGCUCACUGCAUCCGAAAAUGACAACAGGGCACUCCUUAACAAGAUCCAGCAGAAGAACCUUGAAAUUGCACGUUCGAAUUCACGGGCUGGUGACACACAGCGAUCGAGGAUGGUGCAACUCCAAAAUGAAAAGACUCGACUGCAAGAUGUAAAUAAGCAGCUUUCACGACAUCUAGCAGAUGCACAACUAUCUAUCACGUCACUCGAGAAGCAGAAGGAGAAACUAGCUCUAAAUGUGGAAGAUCUCAACCAUGAAGUCACUAGAGAACACAAGGCCACCCGAAGUGCAGAGAAAGCAGCAUCCGCAUCCAAUAUCCAGCUUGCAGAAGCUAACAGAAACCUUGAAACUGAACGACAGUUAAGAAUCCAGGCACAGGCCAACACGCGGAAACUUCAGGCUGCGGUUGACCAAACAAAUAAAGAACUUCAGGAUUGUCAUCAUCAGUUGGUCCUUCUUCACAAAGUUUUUAAUCCGGAAGCAAAUGAAAAUUCGAGCUCCUGGGAGGCUGUGAAGCCGGAUAUUUCGAAGAACGUAGACAUGGCUGUAGUUCUGGAAUCAGUACAAAACAAACUUCGGGUUACUGAAGAGAAGUGUGCUCGCGCCGAGAGCCAACUAUCUGAAAUGCGCAGGCGUCAUGCGGACGAGAUGGCCGAGCUAGAUGCUCGAUAUUCGUCUUCGAAGCGGGCGCUGCUUGAAGAGAUUGAUCAAAACCAGGUUGCUGUAUCGCGUUCGCCAAACCAUUUCAGAAAAAAUUCCGAGCCUGUCAAGCGCUUCUCGAAUCCUUCCACACCCAACAAUCGCCGGUAUAAUUUUGCUGACGGUGCUAAUAACUCUGGUCGAUCUGACAGAACUGUUGACACCGUGGCUUUCCAGAAACGGAUGGAUACUGCUUCUGAGAUAGAAAUGCUUCAAAAUCAACUUCAGCUUACCGAAAUGCAAAAUCGGCAUCUCCAAAGCCAACUUGAGAGAUCCACCCCGGUCCGAGAUGCGUGGCAAGAUGAGAGUCCUUCGAUUCGACGAAUGCAAAUGCUUGAACGCGAAAAUGGCCGCCUUCAUGAGAAACUUGACGACUCUGCCAAAAAGGUGUCUGCUUUAGAACGGAGCAUUCAUUCUGGAGAGUUGACCCUGCGAGACGUUCAAGCCAAAUCUCAUGAGGAACUGUAUGGUUUGCUUAACUCCCAGGAGCAGGCGAGGAAAUCAAUCGUCCAGGUCCACAAGAGUGCAUUGGCAGAUUUAACAGAUGCAAAAGCCCAAUUAGAAAAGAUUAAGCAUGCAAGGGCAAAUCUUGAAGUCGAGCUACGAGAUGCAAAUUCCGAAUUGAAGGAAUCACAACUUUCUCGGGAACAAGAUGCUGCCAGUCGCGCCCAGCUGCUCCAAGAAUUUGCCGACCUUCAAAUCCGGUUGGAUGCAGAAGCUUCCAAGGUCGUUGAUUUGACAUCAAGCCUAGAUCUCUAUAAGGGUCGUGCUGAUGAAUAUUUUGCCAAGCUUGAACAGGCUGAAAUUGCUGUGCUAAAGGCGACUCGUGCCGAACAGUUUUCCAAGGCACAAGCCAAGGAGGCAGAAGACAUGUGCGCGACCAUUAUGGCGGAAAGAAAGCAAAUGGAUAGCCUUGUUGAAGACUUACAGCGCCAGACACAGUCCUACGAAGAGAAAGUUGAGGACCUAGCCGCUGACCUCGACGCAGCGCUGCAAGCAAAGAGGAGGCUCCAAAAUGAGCUAGAAGACUACAGGAGCCAGCGCGCUAUGGACAUUGAAGAUAGGGAAACCUCACUGGAGCAAACGAGAAAGAAGUACCAAAUGGAACUCUCGAUCGUAACAAACGAGCUAGAGGUCGAGCGCGAGAACGUGCUCCAUAUCCGUGGCGAAAACACUCGACUGCGAGAAGAAAUUGAAGAGCUUCGAUCCAAGUGGGAUGACGAAGUUAUGAACAGCUCUACAUGGGCCAAGGAGAAGUCUCGGCUGGAAAUGACUUUGCAUGAUAUAUCUAUUUCGCGCGACGAAGCCGUAAACGCUCAUAACGAUGCCCAGAGCAAGGUAGUUUCCCUUCUGUCCCAGGUUCGCGGACUUCGAACCUCCAUCGACGAUGUUACUGGUGAAAGAGACGCACUGCUGAAAGAGAAGAGAGGUCUUGAAGCGCGUCUCAAUGAGGCGUCUGAUCGCCUGGCUGAGCUUGCACAAGGCGAAAACCCCUCAAUGCGCAACGCCGCUGAAAUGGACCGUGAACUUCUUGAAUUAAAGGCUAAACUCGCACAGCACGAAGACCUGUCUUCAGCCGCGGUCGGAAAGAUGAGGCGGGCAGAAGCUCUAGCAACGGAAAUACAGAAAGAAAUUGUAGCAGAGCGCGAGUCGACUGCUCAACUCUUCAAAGAAAAGGUGGCUUUAGAAAAGCAACUCAAGGAGGCACAGUUGAAAUGUGUCGAUUUGGAGACUAAGGGAUAUACCUCCGCUAGUCAAGACGUGAGAUUUUUGCAUAAACGGAUACAAGAGCUCGAAGCUCAAUUGGAUGACCAAGAAUCGAAGCGGAAGGCUGAGCAACGAUCUGUCCGCAAUGUUGACCGUACCGUAAAAGACCUUAAAUCCCAGAUUGAGCGUCGCGACAAGAUGAAUGAACAGCUAUCUGAUGAUAUUUCGAAGUCCCGUGACAAAAUCGAUCGGCUCCUCAAAACUAUUGAAGAUCUUCAAUCAAAUGACUCGGAAAAUCAGCUCCAAGCCCGUCGGGCCGAGAGAGAAUUGCGCGAAGAGCGAGAGAAAUCAUUGCGGUUGGAGCGGGAACUGGAGGGUUGGAAGGGACUGCGAGUGGAGAGAGGCAGCGCAAUGGGACGCAGUGGUACCAUGACUGGUUUAAGUGAGAUCAGCGAUCGAUUCGGGGGUGUCAAUGGGAGUCGUCGCGGUAGUGGUGUCUACGUUGGCCCUGGACUAAACGGCCCUAUCGAGGCUCGCAACAGUGAAAAAGCACAGUCUAUGCUUUUUCGCUUCCGCGCCGCACAAGCUGCAGACCUCGGAAUUCUCGAUAUUGGCCGGACCCGCCGCCCCAAAGCCAUCACAUCUGUAACUUCGAUUCCCGUAUGCGAGAAAUGGCGGGGACAAGUGCUGAAGGAAAUUUCGCGCAAGGUCUCACGCAUCCAGGACCAGAGUUUGAGCGAUUACCAGAUCCGGGACUUGAAUGACGAGAUCAAUAAGGCCAUGCGGGAAAAGUGGAUGUGGGAGGUACAGAUACGGAAUCUUGGAGGGCCGAACUAUACACGUGGUGGUGGGAGGGUGUAUGACGAUGAUGGCAGGGAGAUACCGGGUGGUGGGAAAGGCUAUCGAUAUUUCGGGAGGGCGAGGGAGCUUCCAGGUGUCAAGGAGAUGUUUGAGGCUGCUGCACGAAAACAAAGCAAGACGGGUCGAGAGGAAGAUGAUGGUGGGGGCAGGGUAGGGGAUUUGACUCGAAGAAAUGUUGAUGCUGCUUAUUUUGGAUAUGGGCUAGAUGAGGAGGAUGGGACGCUGUUGGAGUAUGAAAGGCAGAAAGAAAAGGAGGCUUUUGAAAAUAUGUUGCAGCAUGGGAAGGACGAGGCAGUCGAUGGGUGGGAACCGCUGCCUGGUGAUAGCGGGGACGGUAUUGAGUGGAGGCUACCUACCCUCGAGGAAGUACAAGAAGAAUUAGUAGAUCGGCGACGGAGGAGAUUGCUUGACAAAAUCCGUUGA